AGUACGGACGUAUGUGCAAGUCGGCAGAGAAGAGUUACUUAUUCACAUGUAGCGGAAAUGUCGUCGAUCUAAAUGCUUCGCGUGCUGUCACAUCCACGUGCACAUGUGACAGUCGCGCCACGCAUGGUGAUCUUGCUUUCGUGUGACUAUUCUCCUAGUAUCGCGCUAACUUCUCUCGUAAAAGUUCUCUGGUCCUUCCAAGGAGAUAAGAGACGACUGGCAAUGUCCUUAUUUCUUAGGCCUUCUUCGUCAAGAUCAACGUCGCCUGCUCUCAACAUUACAGACGUCCUCAACUCUGACAUGCUCAAUCUCGACGAACUUGACUCAUCUGACGACGAGCUACCAGACACAAUCACUGGCACUCAGGUGAAGAAGGAACAGAUAUCGACACCGGUGGCCUUCUCUUCUCAAUUCACAGAUCGACAAGGAUUAAGAUCGACAUCGCCCAUCUGUCUGAUUAGUGACGAGGAAGAAGCAAUCGUACCUUCUAAGCCCGCACCAGCUGAUUCAGUUGAUCACAUAAUGGAUGUGGAACCCGAAAGAAGGGAGGAUUCUGACAUGGAGGAUAUGUACGCCGACCCACCUGAACAAGCUCCCAAACCGGGUACUUCUCAAGACUAUGAAGACUCUCAGAAGGCGCCUGGGACGUCUGAGGAACCAAACGAACAAAAUUCCUCUAAUCAUCUCGAGCAGGAUCACGAUCAUUCCCCAGACCGGUCUUCAGGAGACCGAGCCCCUUCUGCUCCUUCCCAAGAACAGGCCAAAUCUACUGAAGUCUCUCAGCCUUCUAUCGUGCCCAAUGUUUCAGAACCGUCAUCCGGCUCAGACACCAUCUCUGGCACAAACUCUGUACCUCCCGCUCCUCCUAUCACAUCUGCCGCGUCUCAACCACCGCCCUCCACGCCUUUGCCAAAACCUCAAACUCGACAUCGAGAACUGACGGACGUCUUCAAUUCUGCCUCUGCUUCCGACAAAAGAAAACGUCAGCAGGAUCUUCCAAUGCUGUCCCUGUCACAACCACUACCGAAGACCUCCCAUUCAACAAGCAAGACCAAUCCGUUCAAGAAACCACAUCAACCUCGUUCAUCGCUUUCUCAUUCUUCUCAGGCGUUCGCAGAAUCCAUAUCUCGCGCUUCCCCGCAAAAGCGAUCAACUCAGCCACCAUCCAGUGCACCGGCACGAAAGGUUCAGCUGGAUGACGACGUCGAGGUUCUCGAUGACGCGGACCAACGGAGGUAUACUAAGCGGUCUCGCACUGCCGCCUCUUUCUCUCCUUCUGAGACCAUCAGGCCAUCGCCAGUCCUUGAAUUCAAGGGGAGCAAACAUCCGGAAUAUUGGCUCCUCGAUGGCUCAGUCGUUAUUCAUAUGCAAGGCGUACUUUUCAAGCUGCACCGCUCGACGCUAGUUAACAAGUCGGUUUACUUCAAGCGAAUGAUGGCUGAAUCGGCGAUAUUGGACGAUAGAAUACGUCAAUACGACGUACCUGACGUAUCAGUGCUCGACUUCGAGCGAUUACUCAAAGCUUUGGAUUCUGGAGUGUCGUAUGUCUUCAACCCACCCCCAUUCCGCGUCCUGGCAUCAAUCCUCCGUGCCUCACGCAAACUCGAAUUCACAAAGGAGUACGAGUUUGCAUCAAGGUCGCUUCUCGAGAUGUGGCCUUCCUCAUUAUCGAGACUCACCACAAACACCAUCCCCAAUGCCGCUGCAACUGUUCUAGUUGCUCGCGAAUGCUGUAUGCCCGAAGUUCUCAAGCGAGCCUACUACGAACUCUUGAGAACAGGUGGCUUAGGUCAAGACGUUGAAGAAGAUGCUGACGAGACUUACGAGGACGUGGAGAACCGAACAAUAAGCCGGGAGGAUCUUGUGAGGCUCAUCACGACCAGGGAGCGACUGCAUCUGGAAUGGUACCUCAUAGCCGACUGUCCACCAAACCGAGGAAUUCUUCCCUGCCCGCUGGCCUCGUUAUCCUCAGAAGAUGCUGAGGACAGUGCAGCCUUGGAGGCUCGCGACUCGUGUGCUUCAGCGACGCAGAAGGCAUUGGAGUGCUGGGACGAGCAUGUGAAGAAGUCUGGUUUGUUCGAAGAAUGCAUGUAUGAUCCUCUCUGUGGUUUGGAGAGAUUGUCCAAAGUCGAUUGGGAGGGCUUGGGUUAUUGUGAUGGUUGUGUGACUUCCUGGAGGGACGACUGGAUGAGAAAGCGGGAGAAGCUGUGGCAAAACUUGGACCUCUGGCUAGGUUUGACUUCGUCUUCAUAAUAGUGAGCGAGUUGACUUGUGACAUAUAUGUCCCUUGCCUCAUACGUAGUUGACACAGAUCUUGUAAUCUCUUUCUUGAAUCGCAAUUGCUCCAAGGACACUUUAUUUGCUUUCAACCGUGACUUGAACCUCGACUAAAAUACAAACAAUGAAGACUCCACAUUCCAACCAUACUUCUGCAGUCCAGGCUUUACACAGUGAUUAAUCAUGGGCUCCGGUCCACAGGCCAAAAUAAGACUGUCAUCACAUGGUGGUGGAAGAUGAGCUUUUAACAACUCCUCUGUAACCCGGCCUAUGCUAUAAGUCCAGCUCUUAGGUGCAGUACCGACGGUGUAAUGAAGCUUGAAACGGUUUUGUCCAUGGAUUUUGAAUAAGUGAUCAAGCUCGUCCCGACAUAGGAUGUCUGCUUCAGUCUUAUUGGCGUAUAACAGCCAAACCUGAGUUCUAUCUUCCGUAUCCUCAAGGAUAGAACGAAGAACCUGCAAAACAGGGGUGAUGCCUGCACACGCUCAUUCAUCAAGUCAACAUUGUGAAAAGCCGAAGUACUAACCAGUUCCUCCACACACAAGUCCUACAUUCUUUACUUCCCGUUCGAUGUUAUGAAUCAAUGCUUUACCACGACCUUGCCAAAUGAAUGAUCCAAGAGGUCCUUUUAUUUCGACCGUAUCCCCGGGUUUGAGUUGUUCAAGCCCGA